UAUGAACAGCAGGGGGCGGUAAAGGGAAGUGAACAACGUCAUCAGCGCUCGGUCCAAUCAGCGGAGCGGGCGCCGCCGUAGGCCCCGCCCCCUUGAGAAACCGCCAUCAUGAAAUUAAAAAGAAGAAAGUGACAGACGAGCCGCCGCCGCUUCAUUUAACGAGGAUCGACUGACAGACUGAGGCUGUGCAGAUAUGAGUGACGUGGCGGAGGAAGCGAUGGACAGCUCUGCAGUGUCCGACGAAGAGGUGGAGGAGCGGCAGGAGACGUCACAGAAAGACCAGUCGAGUCCGAACAAAAGCCUCUCCAAAAUAUCUGCUGCAGGUGAAAUCAUCGAGGGCAAGCGGGCGAAGAAGACGGUCGAGAGGCUCGAUUUCCAGGCACCGAAGCAAAAGGAGAAGCUCAAGAUCGGAGAUGGUACUGGAGAUAAAUUAGGAGACAUUCCUCGCACCGGCUACCAGAUCUCCAAGAUGAAGCUAGCUGACCUGAAACCUCUGCACAUCAUCCUGUUCGACAGACCGGGAAAGAUGGCCACAUUAAAGAAGAACCUGCGUCUUUUCAACGGCUUUCCUUUUGACGCGGACAGCGAACAGUACGCCAAAAAACGAGAAAAACUUCUCAAGAAUUCACAUUUUACCAACCCCAUACUGAGGUUUGUCUGUGGUGUUUUGGAUCUGGAGAAGAAGGGAACCCACUCAGAUCUGGUCGACAGGAUCAUGAAUUUCCUCAUCGCACCGAAAAACAGCGGGAAGCGUCUGCCCGUGAAGAAAAAGAGGAAAUCCAAGAAGAAACUGUCGGGCGACAACUCGACGGCCAAGACCAAGAAGAAGAGCAAACCCAAACCCAGGAGCACAUCGUCCAGUCCCAAGAAGUCCAAAACGGGAAGCAAAUCCAAAGCCAUCGUCAUGGACUCGAGCAGCGACGAGGACGACGACGAGGAAGAGGAGAAGGCGGUGGCGUCGGCCGAGGCUGAGGGAUCAGAUACAGAGGACAAACCUUCAGAGAAAGAGGAGGAGCAGUCUGACAAAUCAGAGGAGUCGGCAGAGGAGGAGGAGGAGGAGUCUCCCAAAUCGAAGUCGGCUCGAGGGAAGUCGGACUCCAAGAAAUCUGCACCGGUGAAAAGAAGGAGGACACCGGCGAAGAAGACGGGUCCGCCUAAAAAGAGAGCGAAGAAGGAAGUUUCAGAAGAGUCGGAGUCCGACGCCGACAGUGAAGCCAAGGAGAAGCCCAGAAAAAGGAAAACGGCUCCGGUCAAACCCGCCGCCAAGACCAAGAAGGCCGACAGCAGCAGCAACAGCAAAAACAACACCAACACAGCAGAAGACAGCUCAGACGACGACGAGCCGCUCAUCAAGAUGAUAAAGAAGGCGCCGACGGACGAGCAGCUGAAGGAGACGGUGCAGACUCUGCUGAAGGAGGCCAACCUGGAGGAGAUGACCAUGAAACAGAUCUGCCAGAGGGUGUUUGACACCUACCCAGACCACGACCUGAACAGCAAGAAGGACUACAUCAAACAGACCGUCAAAUCUCUCAUCACAUGAAGAUCUGAAGAAGAAUGAAGUCUCUGCUGGAGGAAAAUCUCCUUUUUCAUUAGUUUCAUAUCCGUUUGUUUUCAUACAAAACAGUUUUAUACAUGAUUAUGUUUUUUAUUAAUGUGUGUAUAGAUUUUCAUAUUAACUCAACAGUGUUCAUCUUCAGCCUUUCUACGUUCUCUGACAGCGUUAACGUUCAGAAAGUGAACAGCAAAAUAAAACCGUCAGGGAAUUUAUGACCGUUGCUUUUGACUCGCAGGACUUCACGUUUUUAUUUCUUAAGGUUUGUACAUAUGUUUCUAAUCAGGUCAAAGUAUUUUUGAUUAACACUUUUAUUUUUCUGGAGUUUUGUUUGUUUUCUUUGUUUUUCUCUGUCAGACGUUCAUUUACAAUUUAACUGUGCUGAGUAAUUAACUUGAUUAAAAUGUUACCUCUUUUCAACAAAA